GUAAACCAUCAUGGAGGGAAUUAUUAAAAUUUUAAAUUUGUAAUUUAAAUUUGACUAUCCCGCUGCUUGUAUUUGUCAGAAAGCUUUAAAAACGGCAUCAUGAAGCAUCCACAUAACAGUACAGAGACGUUCUCGUUCAAUCUCGGGAAAGCGCCAGAAUUACGCUGCGUUAACCAACUGAAGAAUACAGUAUGUGGCGAGUGUGAGACAUGUCAUUUAGUUCAAAAACUCAUCCUUACACGGCAAUGGUUUCAAAAAAGCGGAGAUCACACACAGAAACGAUUCUUACUUGGACUUAUACGGAGAUUCCACAGUAUCGACCUACUGGAAUACAUUGUGACCUUACUCCAACCAUUAUUAUGCAAAGACUUCACAUAUGCAAGAACAAGAACGAAACCCAGUCUGGAGACGGACAGGUAUAAACUGAACUCUGACAGAGCGCUAAAUGGCGCUUCAAUGGAGCAGGAAUUAAUAGAAACAUGGUACUGGUUCCAAACUGCAAACUAUUGGACGAAGUGUAACUUUAUUCUUGGCUUGAUGCGUUGGUGUGACGCACAUCUACUACAUCUUGCGGGGCUGCAAGCACGGACACUUCUAGCCUCAGAAAGGAAGGUUGCUCUUCCAAAAGAUAAUUAUGAAUCAUCGUCCAUCGCCAGUAGCACUUACAGCCUCGAUAGUCAUGCCCCACACCUUCAACUCCUCAUGGAUGCUAACCCCAGCUACUCCCCCCUCCCUCCUGACCCCCUGGCAGACACACAGACAGAAACGGAAAUAGAUAUUAUCAUCGACGAUGAUGAUGAGAUCAUUAAUGAUGAUUCGGGUGAUGAUGAUUUCUUUGAUAAUGGAUCAGAUCUGAGUUCUUUGGACCCUACAUGUUUGGUGAUUCCAACUUCAUCUAAAGCAUAUUCUGGGGUAUCUCUACAUAAGGAUUUUAUCCGGAGUCUCCCCGUUCAUUUAUCCAAAUACAUACUUGGGUUUCUGGAUAAGGCGGCUCUCCAUAAUGCACUAUGCGUAAGCAGCAACUGGCGCCACCUAGUGGAAGAAGUUCACAAAGAAUUCUACGUAAACCAGCAACUAUGGGAAGAGGUCCAAUUGAUGCAAGGCAUGGCCGCACAAAGCAGCGAUCCAAACUAUGCCAAUGACAUUGACGUCCCUGUGCCAAACCUUGACAAUGGCUCAUGGGAUGUCAUAAAGACCUCUUCUGAUGUUGUAGAGACCAAGUUUAAAACUGAAAUGAAUUUGGAGACUGCGUAUAGUGGUAUCUCUAAAAGGAACAUUAUAAUGGAAGAGAGAAAUGUUUACUGUGGGGCCUACAAUGUCAUGGUACUGACCGACCAACCAGAUGCUCAUCGCUGCAUCCACACAAAUGGCUUAAAACUGACAGCAAUCGGCUCUAAAGAUCGCCACGUUAAAUUCCUCCACAAUGAGACAGGACGUGAGAUUGCGCCUGUGUGCAUAGGCCAUGCAGGCUCUGUAAGAUGUGUAGCUCUAUGUGAGCAAAAAGGAUAUGUUCUCAGUGGAAGUUAUGAUCUCAGUAUAAGAAAAUGGAGUCUGGAAACAGGCAAGCCAUUAAAGAUUCUGCGUGGGCACAGGGAUACGAUAACAUGUAUGGAGAUAUGUGGAGACAGAAUGGCAUCAGGGGCAAAGGAUCAUUUAUGUAAAGUUUGGAACCUUGAGACUGGUAAAUCAAUCCGUACAUUCAAACACCGCCAUGCGGUGUGUGCGGUGGCAUUGUCCAAGGAUAGGUGUAUCAGUGGCUGUGAGGGUGGCAAGGUGAAAGUUUGGGAAUUACUCACUGGAAAACUUAUUAAGAGAUUGACUGGACAUCAUGGACCAAUCACAGGUAUCAAGUUUGACAAGUGGCACUUGAUCACCGCAAGCAAAGAUGGCUACGCCCUUGUAUGGUCAAACCAAGGAAAUCAUAAACGUUGUCUUAAUGCACUUAGACAUCCAAAGGAGGUCCUGUGUCUUGAGUUUAUGUAUCUGAGGGUCAUCACUGGCUCUGAAGAUGGCAAGGUCCGAAUCUGGAACAUGGUAACUGGUCAGUGUUUACGUAUCAUGCGGGGCAACAGUCGCAGUGAACCAAUCACAAGCCUCAUCGCCAUUGAUGACAGGAUUACACUUAACAGUAACAAUAGUGUCUUGGUGUUGAACUUUGAACCAAUUGAAUGGGACUACUUUCUUGAGUCUGACAAACUGCCAGCACCUACGCAAUAUGCAAGCUACUCAAAUGCCCCAGUCAGGACUCAGCCCUACAGCCUGGUAAGGGCUAAUCGCAUGGAGAGAGUGGGCGCAACAGAUAUGAGAAUUAUACAUCAUGAUAAGCCAAACAGAGAGAAGGGAGCUAGCUCCAGCAGUAAAUUUGUACAUAGGCCAGAACAGUUGCCACGCAGUGCUAUGACAUUAAGUCAGCGUGUCAUCGAUAGUGCAAAGCAAAUUCAGAAGAAUUAUAUUGAUGAUACAGGGCGUAAAAGUGCAUUGAAAUCCAGGGCUGAAUCUCGUGCAGAUUCCAGAAUGGAUAAAACUGUUGACUUCACAGAUUACCAGUCAAGCGAUGGUACUAAAAGUGUAAACACUCUUGGGUCUUCUAGGCCUCCCAAGUCAGUCAGUACAGUAGCAAGACAGGGCAGUAAUGCCCGCCUGACUAAGCCCCCUCCUUCCCCUAGCCGAGCCCCAACUGCUAAAUCCCGCAUGAGUGCUCACCAUAAACCCCCCAGUCCAAACUUUAGCGAGGAUUCUGACUACCAAACUGGCCCAGUGUCCCACCAGAGAAGACUCUCAUGGGCCUUUGAGAACCCACAGGGGGAUAAAUCUAGAGACCUUACCCUUUCUGAAGCCAAGUACCUCUGGAGGUCUCAGAUAAGAGCCAGUGAGAAUGUGAUCCCUCCUGACUAUGUGUACCUUACUAUAAGUGCCAUGCAGGGCGCAAGCAAGACUGAUGACACAACAAGGAACACUGCAUAUAAUCUUCAGCCUGAAUUGGAUAGAAGAUUUAUUGCUCCAGAUACUUCUAAGGGACGCCCAUCUUCUGGCCCGAGUAGAGUUGAUCCACGAACUAAAGUCCCUGUGUCUGAGCUUGGAAUAAACCAAACACUACAAAAUGAACACAAGACUCAUAAUGUUGAUUAUCCCAGUGACAAUGAACUUUCCCAAUCCCAGGUGCCAGGAUCUCGUCCCCGCACUAGUGUCUCAAGGUCCUCAGUUCCGAUUCCCCAAACUCAAGUCUAUACAACUGGCUUCUCUGUCACUCCCGUAAAAACUGAAGCUAAAGUUAGCGCUCACCCUAAACAUGUCCAAACUAGUAUUCCUAAGGGCAGAAUCAUCAGACCCCAUACAUCGGGAGGAGUUCACCGCACUGCUUCUGCAUCUGAUAUCCCCGACUCCCAAAAUCCACGUCCUGUGAGUGCUGCAGUUGUUGAAAGACCUGGGACUGCUCUAUCAGUGGCUCGAUCUGGGAAAUCACCUGCCCCUGGUCACCCAGCUAGGCCAACCACAAGACAAUCAACCAGGCCUAAUACAGGACAAAACACCAGGCCUACUACAGCGAAGACACAACACACUGCCUUGACUACUCAGUCGAACCGCUCUAAGAAAUCUCAUGGGUAUACAACUUCUGCUACUGAUAUCAACAUGGUCCCUAUGUUAAUGUAUCCACAAGACAUGGCUGAGAAAAUUAAUGAAUUAAAACAGCGGAGAAUUGAAGCAACAAGACAUUCAGUUGAACGGAGCAGUAGCGAGCCUGCUUUGGGGAAAGUCAGUCUAUUUAACCAUCCAAUGAGAACACAUGUACAGUUCAAACUUAUGACCAAUCAGCAAACACAAGAUUUGCAUAAUGAUAUCACAAAGACAUUUGAAGAUCAGAAAAAGAAACGUAUAGAGGAGGCAGAAAAGAAACAAAGAGACUUAUGGUUGCAAAAAGCUGCCAAGAAAAACUCUCAAAUAUCACGUCCUAAAACUGCACCCAUUAAAUGAAGUAGACUAUAGUGUGUACAGUUCUAAGUACUAUGAUGAAAAUUAUUUUUACGCAUAUUACUGUGAUGCUUAGGUACUUGAAAAUCUAAAUCAAGUAUGAGUAAAAAAGAAGAUCUCCUUAAAAGAGGAUUUUCCUUAAUAAAUGAAAUGCACAUUCAAAUUAAAUCACUUGUUAAUAAAACACUACUAUAGCAACAAUUCGCAUUCAUACAAAAUGUUGGAUAUUGUUGGAUAUCAUGUAAAGAAUGAGAAGAAAACUUAUGAAAAAUAAAACCUAUAACCAGCAGGGUAUCAAGCCUAUUUUUGUACUCACGUAUGUAAAAAAUAUUACUGCUGAAAUUGUUUAUUAUUUUGAAUAGGGUUCUGUAUCUCUAAAGGCAAUGGGUAAACUAAAAGAUUGGUAAGAAAUUCCUGAAAGACAUGUUGUUAUUUAGUAUUAUUAACAGAUAUUUAAUGGCCACUUCUUAUUGUCAAUUAAGUAAUGGCUAAACUUUACAAUUGCUUGGUGUAUUUAUGAUCUCAAAUGUUCAUAGUACAGUGAAACCUGUAAAGUG